UUUUGGACUCCUAAUACACCUUUCAGCUCGUCAUCAGCAUCUCACCUGUGCGGCUGGACCAUGGAUUUCACACGGUCGAAGAUUUCAAACGCGUUUCAGCCCCAUGUCGCGGAAAACAGGCGCUCUACGUGCAUCUGGAAGGGUUAGGAAAGCUGCCAAUGUGAACGGAACGCGUGACCACUUUAUGUUACAGUGCAUGGCCUCUGGACAAAGUGGGAACGAUCAUGCACAAACCCCUCCGAAAGCGGAGUCUCUACGUGUUGCUGUGUUUUGGCAUCAUUUACCUCAGGCUUGGGGCCCUGUCCUCUGUGGUGGCUCUGGGUGCCAAUAUCAUCUGUAACAAGAUUCCCGGGCUGGCACCUCGCCAGCGGGCCAUCUGCCAGAGCCGCCCAGACGCCAUCAUUGUUGUGGGCGAAGGCGCUCAGAUGGGCAUCAAUGAGUGUCAAUACCAGUUCCGAUACGGACGCUGGAACUGUUCGGCGCUGGGAGAGAGGACAGUCUUCGGUCAGGAGCUGCGAGUAGGCAGUCGGGAAGCAGCAUUCACCUACGCCAUCACAGCAGCAGGGGUGGCUCACGCCAUCACUGCAGCAUGCAGCCAGGGCAACCUGAGCCAGUGCGGCUGCGACCGGGAAAAGCAGGGCUACUACAAUCAGGAGGAGGGCUGGAAGUGGGGAGGCUGCUCGGCUGACAUCAAGUAUGGGAUCGAGUUCUCUCGUCGCUUCGUGGAUGCCCGCGAGAUUAAAAAGACUCCACGCCGCCUGAUGAACUUACAUAACAAUGAGGCGGGGAGAAAGGUACUAGAAGAAAGGAUGAAGCUAGAGUGCAAGUGCCAUGGCGUCUCGGGCUCCUGCACCACCAAGACCUGUUGGACUACACUCCCCAAAUUCCGUGAGAUUGGCUACGUACUCAAAGACAAGUACAACGAAGCAGUGCAUGUGGAGGUAGUCCGGGCUAGCCGACUGCGCCAGCCCACCCACCUCAAGGUUAAGCAGACUCAGGGCUACCGUAAGCCCAUGGAGACAGACCUCGUCUACAUCGAGAGGUCGCCCAACUACUGCGAGGAGGACGCAGCCACGGGGAGCGUGGGCACCCAGGGACGCCUGUGCAACCGCACAUCGCCACACACAGAUGGCUGCGACCUAAUGUGCUGUGGGCGUGGCUACAAUACACACCAGUACACCAAAGUGUGGCAGUGUAAUUGUAAGUUCCAGUGGUGCUGCUUCGUCAAGUGCAACACGUGCAGUGAGAGGACUGAGGUGUUCACCUGCAAAUAAAGGACACGAGAAACUCAGCGCCAGGAAGUGUGGCGCCAAGGACUAUCUGAGGAAGACUCGAGCAAGGGAGAUAAUAGUGUGAUGUGGACCAGCAAAUGAUUUUGAAACUAAAGAAUGGAAUUUACACUAUCAGCUCUUCAUGGCAAUGUUUUGCACAGCAGAAUCUAUCUAAUUUCUUUUCAGAAAAUAAAUGCCAAGUUUCAGUAGAUGAUACCCCAGAACUGUACUAUCACAUAGAGAUUGUGCUCAUGUACUGAUUUAUCUACAGUGAAGUUGGGACUACAGAUGAUGAAUGAAACCCUCGGUGGGAACUGUGCUUUGCACUCCUGGAUUUGUAACUCUAAAUUCUCAAGAGACUGGUGCAUGGAAAGGAAAUGCAGUAACCUGGGAGUUGAUGAAAAUGACAGCAGCUGAUGAGGUUGUGACUGGCAGAGCUUGGUCAAGUCUUUGAAUGAAAACCUUUAAAGGUUUUAUUGUAUUUUCACUAAAGUGGAGAAAAGGUGAAUUUUUACAUGAAUGACUCCCAAACUGGCAGGGGCUCAUGUUGGAUGUUGUAGAAAUGAAGAACAUUUUGUAAUAUUGGUGCGCUUGGGUGCGCCAAAAUCUGAGUGGAGAACUCUGUUAAACCCUCUGCUGGCAACUGGAAUAUGGUGGAGUUUGUUAGCUUUCCAGUCACACUGGAACUGUCUGUUCUGAACACUGAAAAUAAAUUGUUUAUUUAUGUUAUAGUAUCUUAAAACGAA